AUGGGUGAAAGUAAAAAAUCCUCAUCAUUUCAUCUUAAAGCAAUCAAUCACAAGUUAACUCUUGGAUCAUUGGACAAUUUUAACGAUUGUCAAUUCAAAUAUGAUACCAAAAUUCUGAAUGCUGGCCUUUUUUUCGACAAAAUCAUAGCAACUUUUGGCUGUUUAAUUUUAAUUGGCGGUCCACAAGUCGCCAUAAUCGUAUUUUACUAUAUUGGUUAUACGAAUAUUCUUGGAGAUGUCAUAUGCAUACUUAAUAUAUCCAUUUUUAGUUUAACUAUAAUUUGUUUCCUCAAGGCCACCUUCAAAUCGCCCGGUUUUAUACCCAGAUUACCAGAUUCAUGCACUGCAUACGAUGCAAUUUCUGGUCUCUAUCGUAAAUCCCAGCCUCUGAAAUACAUCGAAAUGCCUAUAAAUGGGCAACUUUUAAAGAUCAAAUACUGCAAUACAUGUAACAUUUAUCGCCCACCACGCACAGUCCAUUGUUCUUCUUGCGGUGGAUGUGUUGAAAGAUUCGAUCACCAUUGUCCAUGGAUAGCCAAUUGCGUGGGCGCUAGAAAUUAUACCUAUUUCUUCAUUAUGUUAUCCCUUUGUAGCCUUUCGAUAUUGUUGAUUAUGGUACUAACAUGUCUAAUGUUGUCCUUAUCACUUAGUCAUACUGAUAAUAAUGAUUUGGUACAGUGGAAAACUUGGUUUUUAUUCGCGUUCGGCUUGCUUUACGCGAUAAUUGAGGGAUGGCUUAUAAUUGGUCUACUAGUUUUUCACUGGUACAUCUUGACGAAAAAUUACACCACAUACGAUAAGAUUAAAAAUCAAUAUAACGAUUAUAAUCCCUUCGCUCGUAGCAUGUGGUUGAAUUGUAUUACAGUGCUUGUUAAUGGAUGCAGUAUGGCAGCGCCUUUUAGACGCAAGAGACCCCCGCGUAAUCAGCAAUAUGAUGGAGGAAUCUUUUCACCAGUGGCUGGGUACAGAUUAGAAUUGAAUUCUAGCGAUAGCGAUGACGAAUUAAACCUAUCUCUCGCUAGUGACAAAUAUAUUCGUAACAGCCAUGUUUCGGAUGAAUUAAAUCCUGAUAUUGACAGGAAAAAGAAGAAACAAGGUAAAACUAGGGACGUAUUUGGAUUGACUAAUUAA